UUGGGUGUUACUCCGCCACUCUUCGGUAGCGGAAGUUCGAAAGGCGGAAAACAUGGCCGGCAUGGCUUGUCUGAUAGCCCCUUCCAGGGGCUCGGGGAGGCUUUGCUAUAUCCUUUCCGGUGUAAGGAAGGCUGCUCGUACUUCUGGUACAGGUACAAGAAAAGAGAUCCUACCCAGAUCGGGGAGAGAACUGAUCUUCAUCCCUUUAACUUGGGCGGUCAUCUUCUGUGGACUGCGAGAGGCAUGCCUUGGAGAUAAAACUACAUCAUGGACACGGGAAUGUAGUUCACACACUGAUCAGGUGUCCAGUAAGACAGAUAUGCCUGUACCAAUGGAAAAUCCCUAUAAGGAGCCUCCUAAAAGGUGUAUCUUGUGUGGGAUAACUGUUGACUACAAGAAUAUUCAGCUUUUGUCGCAGUUUAUCUCACCAUACACUGGUCGCAUCUUUGGUAUGCAUAUCACAGGUUUAUGUGAGAAGAAACAGAAGGAAAUUGGAAAAGCUAUUAAAAGAGCCCGAUUUGCAGGAUUCAUGUCGGUUACAUAUAAGGACCCAACCUUCCUCAGUGACCCUAAAAUAUGUAAUAUAAAAUAUCCAGAUCGUCUUGAUUAAACUAUGUUCAUAAAGUUGUUUUUAUAAUUGGCCUGUGCUCAUUACUAGUAGAACCUUAAUAAAGAAGUCACUUGACACAA